UGCCCUCCUCUGAGCCGUCGGCGCUUUCUUGGGCUGUUCGCGGGCGAGCGCGACCCCCAUUCCGUUUUCUUCCAAAAGGAAAAGGAUUUACGCACGUUGGGUUUUGGUCUUAAGUCUUCAGGAGUUGGAGGAUCGGAAGUGUUCACUUGGUUGAGAACAGGAAAAUGCUUUAAACAAACUCAAACAUUUAAUAUAUCAACAGGAUUUGCUGAGAGGACAUAUUUUCUGAGAUAUAUAAAUGGACUCAAUGACCUUUGAGGAUGUGGCUGUGUACUUUACCAAAGAAGAGUGGAAUUUAUUGGAUGGAUCUCAGAGAAGCCUCUACAGAGACGUGAUGCUGGAGAACUACCAGAACCUGGCCACAGUAGAAAGGAAAAUGAAUCUUGAGACAAAAGAGACAGAACUUCAGCUGGAGAGUUUUUGGCCAGAUAUAUCAAAUGAGACACAACUGGCAAGAUUAACAAAGGCAGGAAGCCACAGUGAAGGGGAGCUCUGUUACUCUAAGGAGACUGGAAAAUUCUUCAGUGAACACCCAUACCUUCAGACACAUAUGAAUAUUUGCAGUACAGAAAAUAUUUCUGAAUAUAGUUGGUCUAGAAAAGACUUACUUCCUUCAGUCAAGAAAGCCUCUAUUGAAGAGAAACUUUCUGUGUCGAUUCAAUGUGAAGAAGCCUUUGCUCUGACCCCAGGCAUUGUUUACCAGAAGACACGCAUUCCGCGCAAUUCCAUUGCAUGCAGUGAUUUUGGGAAAGCCUUUGUUAAUCAGUUGCAACUUAAGGCAGACAGCAAAGCUCACAGUAAAGAAAAUUUCUAUGAAUGGGAAGAAAGUAAGAAAGUUUUUACUCAGUCCACAAAUUGUUCUGCUUCAGAGAAAUGCUCUGAAGGUAAGGGACGUGGGAAGGCCUUUACUGCACACUCAGGCCUGACUACACAUGUACAAAGUCAUAAAAGGCAGAAAUCUUAUGAGUGCACAGAGUGUGGGAAAGUGUUUGGUAAAUGGUCAGGACUUACUGAGCAUUCUAGAAGUCACACAGGAGAGAAACCUUUUAAAUGUAACCAGUGUGAAAAGGCUUUUUCUUCUUCAUCCUAUCUUACUGCACACUUGAGAACUCACACUGGAGAGAAGCCCUUUGAGUGUACAGUGUGUGGGAAAGCGUUUACACGUUCCUCCUACCUUCGGAUUCACAUGCGAACUCACACUGGAGAAAAACCCUACAUCUGUAAGGAGUGCGGGAGAACCUUUGCUGUGCGCUCAUGCCUUAAUAAACAUUUACGAACACACACUGGGGAGAAGCCUUACGAUUGUAAGGAAUGUGAGAAGGCAUUUACUAGCUUUUAUCAACUAACUGAACAUAUGAAAAUUCAUACUGGUGAGAAACCCUUUGAAUGUCAGGUGUGCACAAAAUCAUUUAGGAAUUCCUCAUGCCUUAAGAAACACUUCCAAAUUCACACUGGAAUAAAACCAUUUCAAUGUAAGGAAUGCGGGAAAGCCUUCACUGGACGGACUACCUUUACCAAACAUGUACUGACACAUACUGGGGAGAAGCCCUAUGAGUGUAACGAAUGUGAGAAAGCCUUCAGUACCUCCUCAGGCCUUAUUGAACACUUAAGAAGUCACACGGGAGAGAAACCCUUUGAAUGCUAUCAAUGUGGAAAGGCCUUUGCAUCUUCCUCGUAUCUCACUGUGCACCUGAGAAUUCACACCGGGGAGAAGCCAUUUGAGUGUCCAGUGUGUGGGAAAGCAUUUACACGGUCUACCUACCUUUGCAGACACAUGAAGACUCAUAGGGAGAGAAACCCUAUACAUGUAAGGAUUGUGGGAAAGCCUUCAGUGAGUGCCCAUGCUUUAACAGACACAUAAGGACACUGGGGAGAAGCCCUAUCUGUGUUAGCAAUGUGGGAGAGCAUCAGGUUUUCUUAACUUCCUCAACAUAUUAAAAUUCAUAUUGGUGAGAAGCUUUUGGAUAUCAGAUAUGUACAAAAUUUUAGAAAUUUGCAUGCCUUAAGAUGCCCUUCCGAAUUCACACUGGACUAAAAUCCUAUCAGUGUAAGGACUGUGGAAAAGUCUUUGGUGGCCACACUGGCUUUGCUACAAUUGUAGUCACUGACAAUGGGAGAAAGUCAGAUGAAUGCAGAGAAUGUCAGAAUGCCUUCACUCCUUCCUCAUAUUUUUAACAUCUAAGAAAUCACACAUGAGAGAAAUCCUUUGACUGUGAACAGUGUGGGAAGGCCUUGUUUCCUCCUCCUCUCUUAAUGUAUAUUCGAGAACUCAUACUGGAGAGACACCCUUUGAAUGUACAGUAUGUGGUAUAAAAUUUAGGUAGUCCAAUUUUUGUAGCUACAUGAGCAUGCGCACAGGAGAGUCACCCUAUCUAUGUGAACAAUUGCAGAAGAGAAAAACACUACUGAUUUGUGAUAAGUCUAGCAGUUACAUGCCUGCUAACUAGUUUAAUUAAUGCUCACCUGUGAUCUCACAGUAGAGAAUAGUAGAACUAAAAGAAAUGUGUGACUCACACUGAAGACAAACUACAUAUAUGAACUAUGGCAAAUGCUUCCAUAUAUUUUCAAAUCUCCUGUGUGCACAGAACCAUGGAAUUUUUAGGUGUCUCUAUAGGUGUACUUCUAGUGUUUUGAAUACUUCAAUGUAUGUGUACUAAUGA